AUGCCUUUGCCAUUGUUUGGCAAAUCGCACAAAUCACCGCCCGAUAUCAUCAAAAAUCUGAGGGAUUCGCUGACUCAGCUCGAGAAAUUGGAUCGCCACGAUAAGAAAAUCGACAAAGUUGGCGAGGAAGUGAGCAAGUGGUUGCAAGCCGUCAAAGGUAUUAUCUAUGGGCAGGAUGGCCAGGAGCCACACGUCGAUCAG